GGUGAAUAUUUUGAUCAGUCACAUGUGGCACUACCAAAUAUUUCGAAGUUCUUCUUGCAUCAAGCCCUGGAAGAGAGAAAAGCCGCAGAGUGUUUGAUGAAGUAUCAGCAAGAAAGAGGAGGUCAUUACUGUUCUAAAACCAUCCAGAAACCAAACUGUGAUUAUGCAGUCGGUCUGAUGAAAGCCCUGGAAUUAGCAAUGGUACAGUGGAAAACUAUGCUACGGUAUUUUGAAGAGCUUUAUGCCCUGAGUGUUGAAAAUGCAGACCCUCAUAGUGCAAGCACUAUCAAGAAACAAUUUAUUGGGCCCAAAAUCCGGAAGAUCAAGCUGAUGGGAGAUCUGCUGACCAAUGCUCGCAGGCUUGACUGUUCCCAAGAUGGCAGAAACAGUCUUGGGGAUUACUUUAUGGACCGGUUGCAGAAAGAGUUCAGAACAAGCAUAGAGCCAGAGUCUAGUGAUCACUGCAGCCCCUGCCCUCCUCUCCAGCAGUGUACAGGAGCUGCAGAAUGUCUGAAGCGACCCCAGAGAGAAUCUUCCCAGCACAGAAAUGGGAUAGGGCCAAUAUAUGCAACCAUACACUGCACUACAAUGCUGCCACAGUGUUACGAUGGCACAGGAGCAAAAGUGAAGCAGGGCAGGGAGGGCCUUUAAUGCUGGGGCUGCUGCAGCUCCAGGGCAGCUGCUGAGGCAAACCUGUUCAUAGGGUGGAGUUGAGGCCAAGACAAGAUGCUCUAUCACUCCUCCUGCUUCACACCCUGUCCCCUCGUCCUCUGUUGAGUCCCAGCUCAAACUCUAGCCUAUACCAUUACUUUGUUUAAAGGAUAGCAAGGUUGCCAG